UAAUUAAUUUUAGUCAUCGUUUUUAUAUUGUCACUCUCGUUGCAUCCUAAACUCCGGAAUGCCUAGCGAGACGUUUCAACGCCAUUGACGACGCUUAUUUACACUGGUGAAUUAGUAGUGACUGUUUCAUUUAGUUUCGAGCAUGUUAUUGAUGGCGAGGAAAGCUUUGGCCUCGGCGCAUAGUAGUAAGGCUAUUCGUUUGACAACAAGGGAAGUUCAUUACCUAAGCUCCAUCUUAGUGUCUCCUCCACUUGUCUCCCUUGAUUUGCCUGAAAAUUGGAUUCCUUACUCUGAUCCUCCACCUCUUGCUUCUUUCGAGACUGAGCAGAAGACUGUGGUAAUAGAUGGUAAAGUUAUAGCCGAGGAAAUCAGAACAAAGAUUAUUAGUGAAGUUGGGAAGAUGAAAAUGGCUGUUGGAAAAGUCCCUGGUCUUGCUGUUGUUUUGGUUGGCCAACAAAGAGACUCGCAAACUUAUGUUCGCAACAAGAUGAAAGCUUGUGAAGAAACUGGCAUUAAAUCUGUUCUGGCUGAAUUGCCAGAGGAUUGUAGUGAAGGACAUAUUAUUAGUGUCUUGAAAGAAUUUAAUGAAGACACGUCUAUUCAUGGAGUUCUUGUGCAGCUUCCUUUGCCCCAACAUCUUGAUGAAUCAAAAAUCUUGAAUAUGGUGAGAUUGGAGAAAGACGUUGAUGGGUUUCAUCCAUUAAACAUGGGGAAUCUUGCAAUGAGAGGGAGGGAACCGCUGUUUGUAUCUUGCACUCCUAAAGGCUGUGUGGAGUUGUUGAUAAGAGCAGGCGUUGAAAUAGCAGGCAAAAAUGCUGUUGUGAUUGGAAGAAGCAACAUCGUUGGACUACCGAUGUCUUUAUUAUUGCAGAGGCAUGACGCGACAGUAAGCACGGUACAUGCGUUUACAAAGGAUCCAGAGCACAUUACUAGGAAGGCGGAUAUUGUGAUAGCAGCUGCAGGUAUACCUAAUUUAGUUCGUGGAAGUUGGCUUAAGCCUGGAGCAGUUGUCAUUGAUGUUGGAACAUGUCCGGUUGAGGAUAGUAGCUGUGAGUUUGGUUACCGUCUUGUUGGGGAUGUAUGUUACGAGGAAGCGUUAGGUGUAGCCUCGGCUAUCACUCCCGUACCUGGAGGAGUCGGACCCAUGACGAUCGCCAUGCUACUAUGCAAUACUUUGGAUGCUGCUAAGCGGAUAUUCCUCUGAUUAUGACCGCAGUUGAUGCCAUGGUUGAUCCUAACUCAUCAACAUCUUUAGCAUCAAGUUCAACAAAACAACCGUUCAGAAAUUUGUGUUAAUGCAAUGUUGUUACUGUUUCAUUGGCUUUUACAAGAAGAUGAAACCAAUUUAGUUAUGAAUGUUAAUGGUAGUUGAAUCAUUGGAAUAAUGUUGGUCCUACUAAAAGCAGCUGUGGUAGGAGAGAAAAGUUGCGUAUGAAGGAGAUGAGAUGACUCAAACAAGAGGUGUCACAUGAAGGAUCACGAAAGAUGUGCUUCCCUUCAAUAUCUAUCUAUCUACACGGCUUUCACCUUCACAUUGUUUGCUUUAUUAGUUCGGUUAAGAUUCUGUUUUUUCUGGUUUUAUCAGUUUUUUUUUUUGUAAAACUCGAAAACCAUAAUCAAAAUUAUUUGUAAUUCACUCUAAUUAAGUUUGGUUUA